CCCCACCGGCACGCCCCCACCCCGCCCGGCCGCCGCGGGCCUGGAGCGGCAUCACGGGCCUGCUCGACCCUCGCCGUGGCGCUGCGCUCCUCCGCUGGACGUCGCCAUGGACGUGUACCCCUCGCACCAGCUAGGGCUGCUCCGCGCCCGGUUGCCUGGCGGCCCCGGCCGCGGAUCGCCUUCCGUCAGCUGCAGUCGACUCCGCCAGGUUCAGAGCAUCCUGACCCAGAGCAGCAAGUCUCGGCCUGACGGAAUCCUCUGCAUCCUAGGAAUUGAUAGCAGAUACAAUGAAGGCUGCAAAGAGCUGGCAAAUUAUCUUCUGUUUGGUUUAUAUAAUCAGAAUACCAGUGAUUUUGAGAAAACAGGAUUUUCUGAAGAAGUUCUAGAUGAUGUAAUUAUGUUGAUUAAAUCAGAUAGUGUUCACCUGUACUGUAAUCCUGUCAACUAUCGCUAUCUCUUACCCUAUGUGGCACAUUGGAGAAAUCUGCAUUUCUACUGCAUGACUGAAAAUGAGUAUGAAGAUGAGGAAGCUGCAGAGGAGUUUAAAAUUUCCAGCUUCGUGGAUAUGGUUAGAGACUGUAGCAGAAUUGGCAUCCCUUACAGCUCCCAUGGUCACUUGCAGAUAUUUGAUAUGUUUGUGGUAGAGAAAUGGCCAAUUGUACAAGCCUUCGCCCUUGAAGGCAUUGGAGGAGAUGGGUUUUUUACCAUGAAAUAUGAGCUGCAGGAUGUGAGUUUGAAUCUGUGGAAUGUCUACAGUAAGAUGGACCCUGUAUCUCUCGAGGAUUUGCUUUCAGAAGAUCUGGUGGCUUUUGAACAUCAGUGGAGUAACUUCUUUGCUAAUUUUGACAUAGAAAUUCCCUUCCUUCUGGAACUUUCAGAGUCUCAGGCUGGUGAGCCAUUCAGAAGUUACUUCAGUCAUGGGAUGAUCUCCAGCCAUAUAACUGAAAACAGCCCUAAUCGACAGCCAUUUGUUCUCUUUGGUAAUCACUCCACUCGAGAUAACCUGAAUGCUGGCAACUUUAACUUCCCUUCUGAAGGUCACCUGGUACGCAGUACUGGUCCUGGUGGGAGCUUUGCCAAACACAUGGUAGCACAAUGUAUCUCACCAAAGGGACCUCUUGCAUGUUCAAGAACAUACUUUUUUGGAGCUACUCAUGUUCCUUACUUAGGUGGUGAUGAUAAGCUGUCUAAGAAUGAUAAGCUGCCCAAGAAAACUGAACAAAUUAGGCUGUUGUCCCAGAUAUAUGCUGCUGUUAUUGAGGCUGUUUUGACUGGCAUUGCAUGUUAUGCUAAAACUUCCAGUCUAACAAAGGCAAAGGAGAUAGCAGAGCAGACUCUGGGAUCUGGAUUAGAUUUCUUUGAGUUGGUUCAGUUUAAGACAGCACUACGCUCCAAGAUGGCUUUUCAUAUACAUGCUGUGAAUAAUCAGGGAAGAAUUGUGCCUCUGGACAGUGAAGACAAUUUAUCUUUUGUAAAAACGGCUUCUAUGACUGUCUAUGAUAUUCCUGACUUGCUGGGAGGAAGAGGAUGCUUAGGAUCGGUGGUCUUCUCAGAAUCAUUUUUGACAUCUCAGAUCUUGGUUAAAGAAGAGGAUGGCACUGUUACCAAGGAGACCAGCUUCAUAGUCCUGACAGCUGCCAUACCCAGAUUCUGCUCCUGGCUGGUAGAAGAUAAUGAAGUAAAAUUGUCUGAAAAAACACAGCAAGCAGUGAGGGGGAAUGAGUGUUUCCUGGGCACUUUCCUAGCAGCAGGAGAAGGAGCAUAUCUCUAUCCCAGCAAUCUACAGCCCUGGCCUGAGGAAGGGAAUGUGCAUUUCUUCUCCAGUGGCCUUUUAUUUUCUCACCACCAUCAUGGAAAUAUCAUCAUUUCUAAGGAUCACAUGAAUUCUAUUUCUUUCUAUGAUGGGGAUUCUACCAGUAUUGUGGCUGCCCUUCUCAUCGACUUCAAAAGCUCAUUACUUCCUCACCUCCCAGUUCAUUUCCAUGGAUCAGGCAAUUUUCUGAUGAUUGCCCUUUUUCCAAAAUCAAAGAUCUAUCAAGCAUUUUACUCAGAGGUCUUCUCCCCCUGGCAACAGCAGAAUAACUUAGGGCUCUCUUUAAAAGUGAUCCAGGAAGAUGGAUUAUCUGUGGAACAAAAGAGAUUGCACUCCAGUGCCCAGAAGCUCUUUGCUGCCCUGAACCAUCCCACUGGGGAGAAGUGGAGUUCUCUAAAGCUGCUCUUAGCCAGACUGCCAGAGCUGGACUGGUUUCGCCAGCAUUUUGCUUUCAGCAGCAUGAGUCGGGAACCUGUGAUGCGGACCCAUCUCCCUUUCGUGCUGCAGCAAGCUGAAGUCAGCCCUUCUCACAGAGUAGAGAAUGACAAGGUAAUUAUCAGCAUUAUAACCGGACUCCCAGGCUGUCAUGCCAGUGAGCUCUGUGCUUUUCUGGUCACUCUGCAUAAGGAAUAUGGCAGGUGGAUGGUGUACCGCCAAAUCAUGGAUAGCUCUGAAUGUUUUCAUGCUGCGCACUUCCAGAAAUACCUUUCCAGCGCCCUGGAGGCCCAACAGAACCGUUCUGUCCGCCAGUCAGCCUACAUCCGCAAGAAGACCAGACUGUUGGUGGUGUUACAAGGCUACACCGAUGUGAUUGAUGUUGUACAGGCCCUGCAGACUCACCCAGACGCAAAUGUCAAGUCUUCCUUCACCAUUGGUGCCAUCACGGUAUGCGUGGAUCCCCUAAGCUGCUACAUGGAACAUAGAUUCCUCUUCCCGAAAUGUCUUGACCAGUGUUCACAAGGCCUGGUGAAUAACGUCGUGUUCACGAGUCUCACCAUGGAGCAAAGGCACCCUCUCCUUGUUCAGGUGCAGGGCCUUAUCAGGGCUGCCAACCCCACUGCAGCCUUCAUUCUUGCAGAAAACGGGAUUGUCACCAGGAAUGAAGACAUUGGACUGAUUCUCUCAGAAAAUAGCUUUUCAAGUCCUCAGAUGCUACGAUCUCGAUAUUUAAUGUACCCUGGCUGGUACGAAGGUAAAUUCAGUGCUGGCUCGGUCUUUCCACUAAUGGUACAGAUCUGUGUGUGGUUCGGCCGACCCUUGGAGAAGAUGCGCUUUGUGGCCAAGUGUAAAGCAAUUCAGUCCUCCAUCAAGCCAAGCCCCUUCUCUGGAAACAUCUACCACAUCCUGGGCAAAGUGAAGUUUUCAGACUCUGAAAGGACAAUGGAAGUCUGCCACAACACGCUCACCAAUUCUCUGAGCAUCAUGCCAGUUUUGGAGGGUCCCACGCCACCACCAGACUCCAGAAGCACUGCCCAGGAGAGCAGCGGGCAGCAGGAAUGCUACCUGGUAUUCAUCGGCUGCUCCUUGAAGGAAGACAGCCUCAAGGACUGGCUCCGGCAGUCAGCGAAGCAGAAGCCUCAGAGGAAAGCACUGAAGACCAGGGGAAUGCUGACCCAGCAGGAGAUCAGGAACAUCCACGUGAAACGCCACCUAGAUCCCCUGCCUGCUGGCUACUUCUAUAAUGGCACCCAGUUUGUUAACUUCUUUGGUGAUAAGACUGAUUUUCACCCUCUCAUGGACCAAUUUAUGAAUGACUACGUGGAAGAAGCCAACCGGGAAAUUGAGAGAUACAACCGCGAGCUGGACCAGCAGGAGUACCAUGACCUCUUCGAGCAGAAGCCCUAGAGGAAGCUGGGCCUAAGCGCCCACCAGAGAUGGACAGACAGUGUCUAGAUGUCUCACUCCUGCUCUCCCAGAGGCCCCCUGGAGGGGCUACGUCCUUCUCGCCCCACCGCUGACUUGAGUACAUGCUGUCUUUGUUCUCUGUGGCAGGGGCAGCGGGGCAACUGUGUGCUCCCAGUCCAGACCCUCUAGGCUUCUGCUAACAGUGUUUCCUUUGGUUGCUAAGGCACAGGGUAAGCGUGGGGAGAAGCUUACUGGGAUAGCACUGAGGACUUGCGAGGACCCUGGGCUGCCCCAAUUGUGGCCAAAUCUGGGGUACACCCAUGUCAGGCUUCACAUGCUGCUCCAGGAAAGCCCUUGUCCCCAGUAGUGUCUACUGACCUGCUCAUGCUUUUUCAUUGAAGGAUCUGGCCUUGGGCCCAUUCGGGGGGAGCAGCAGAAGCCCUGCCCCAGCCACCCCAGAGCCAGCAGCUCAGGUCUAGAGCACAGCAUGCUCUCCCCAAGGGGAUUCCUUCCCUUCAUGGCACUCAGCUGAGGUCGAGGCAUAAUGCUUUCCCCCCUGUAUGCCCCGCCCCUUGAUGUCCGCAGUCACCCUGGGAUUGGUUCUGCAACAUCCGCUUGGUGUCCCUCAUUCAGGGAGGAGAGCAGGCCUGCUGUCCUGGGCCCUGGCACUGCUGUGCUUCCUUGUCGAAGGGGGCACCUGCAGCUGAUGUGUUAGGGGCAACAGUCUCCAGCACCCAGCCUUGCCAGGGCCCACUUCUUAGCCACAACCUUUAGGAAAUCCCCAGUUCCCAGGCAUCAUUUCUGGCCCUGGAUUUGUUUGGCUCCUAAGAACGAGGAUUUUCAAAGAACUCCAGUAUUCAAGUUAGAAGUCCUUCCAGGGAUGUUGUUUUCACUAGGCUGUAAAACAGAGGGAAUUUAAAUUGUGUCCCGCGCCCCAUCUUCAUAAUUAGUAUGUGGGACUGAGGGUCAUAGGCACUGAUACUUAGGCGAUAUCCAUUAGGUUUUCAGCACCUCAGCUGCCUGGAUUGUAAAUGUUUUCUGAAUUUACGUAUUUUUGCAUGCUUUAGGAAGAAGCACAUAGGUGAAACCAGCAUAGUUUCCUGUAAUGUAGAGGGGUUUUGAGAAAAGCCCCCGAUGGAGAGGAUUGCCAGGAUGGAGCACAGAGGCCUGAUUGCAGGGAGCAAGCAGUUAGCAAGGGCUUGCCAGUAAAAUAUACUUGUAUUAGGGAAAAGAAUGUGUAUUUGAAACAAAAUGAACAAAACUGCAAAUUCCCUUGAAAAAGAAAUCUCACGUUAAGAAAGGCUCUUGAAAUUCAGGCCCAUGUGCCCCAGACCCACCUCUGCUGACGGGAGUUCUGCUCUAGAGCCCAAGCCUGGGAGCCCCUGACUUCUGGCUGGCCAGGGGCCAGGGCCCAAGGCCCACAAACGGGCAACCUCUGCUUCAGAAUUAAUAACAUAGAUCUUAAGUGCAAUUGAUUAAUAAGCAAUGAGUUACUGUAGCGUCCGUUAGCUCUGCUGAGCUCUUUUUAAAAACUCAAGCUUGAGCAGCCUUAGAAAAGGGAAAGGGGCGGGGGUAGGGUGACCACAGGCCAUUUCAUUUUUUCCAGGGGCCACUGUGAAGUUUUUAGUGGAAGCUCAAGAAACAGGAGCUUGAGCCAUUUGUUGACUGCCCUGGCCUGGCAGUCUGGCUGCUGCAUGGACGAGUUUUUAAAGAGAGGUCGGGGCCAUGCACAAGAGCAAGCCUGCCUUCCGCGUGGGCUUCACUGCAUGGCGACUUCAGGUACCAACCGCUGUCCAUGGAAAUGCUCUCUCGCCAGCCUGCUCUGCUGUCCCCAUUGCCCUCCAUAGAGAGGGAAAACUUCGAUUACCUCAACUUGAAUAUAAAACUGUGAUUGAAAAAAAGGAAAGUAAGUAUCAAAGCCAAAAAGGCAAAACUGGCUGAGGCCUCUACAGACGCUCCCCAGCUUGCUCAGGAGCGUGAGGGGCACACUGGCAAGAGGGCAUUUCGGGCACACAUGCCCCUGGCAAAGGGCACAACCGCAUGCACCGCAAGCUGUUCGAGGAGUGGGCUGGGAGAGUGCGGCCUCCCACACCUCUCUCUGACCCUGCGGCCUCUUGAGUUGGAGCCUGGAAGUUGGUUAAUACCAACUCGCUUCCUCUGGGCCCAGGAGCAAGUCUCUAGCCAUCUGCAGAGGAAAGGCCACAACACUGUGUUUUAGCUUCUGACCUUAGCGGUGAAUACCAGGGACCUAGAAAGGACAUGGGAGCGCUUUCCAGGGACAAGCACAAGUCCGCCAGGGGCUUACACGCUUUUGCCACCUUUCCUGUUAUCAGCUUCAGUUUUACAUCACCAGAGUGAGUGUGAUUAUGAUGACUGAACAGUCGCUGAAGUUAUGGGUUAUUUUGUGUCAAUGUGGGAGAUUCUUUUUUUGAUUAGAAAGAGGAGACAGAAAUUGGAGAAAUUGAUAACACCCUUGGAAGGGGUCACCAGCAAGGAGUCUGGUUGGCCCCACCACGCCGGGUGCUCCAACCUGAGGCACGGAUGCUGGCACUUCAGGUUGGGAUAAAAAGUUCCCUCCUAAAUUCUACUAGGAUUUUGGAGAAUUUUUGCACAGUAAUAAGCUCUGGGUUGCUCUUUGAGCUUCUCAAAAGGGAAAAGUUCAACUCAAAGAUUGUGAACUAUUAAGUAUUCCAGCCGUGAUGCUGACUAGUCAAAGAGUUGUACCUCAAAAAGUAGGUGAGAAAUGGCUUCCUCUGUGUCCCAGAUGGUCAAAUGCUAAUAACAUAAGAGCUCACUUACGUGCCAAAAUUCAUUUUUAUACUAGUUUUUCAGUGCUUUAAUAUUUGUAACUUAAAUUUUAAAACUCAUAUUUACAAACACUACUGUAACUUCAGUGAAACUGAAUUGUGUGAUUGAAGCUUUUUGCUUAUUAUAGUAUUUAUUACACUACUUAAUUCAGUAAAUAUAUAAAGUAGCCUCCAAUUUAUUUUUAUAUUAUUUUACAUGUUUUUACCUGCAGUUGUGUAUGUGAAUUUACAUUGGUAAUUAAGAUGUAAUGCUAAGGACCAAUAAACUACUACCAAACAAGCA